CCCAGCUGAUUUCUCUCUCGCACUUUGGUGGGAAAGCCAAUUGACUAAUUUGCGCUCUCCAAUGCGUCACCAGCAUGGGUUUUUGUCUACAAUUGCGGUUGCUCUUAUGGAAGAACUACACGCUGAAGAAAAGGAAGCCGCUGGUGUUGCUGUUCGAGCUAGUCAUUCCACUAGUCCUGUUCUUCAUUUUGAUUGGCAUACGGAAAAAACAGCCAGCCUACCCUGUGGGCUCCUCCUCUUUUCCUGCCUUCCCAUUGCCAUCAGCUGGAGUUAUUGCUGUGAUGCAGGCAUUCUGUGACAAUGGUGUAAGAGACAGCAAUGGCUUUGCGACAUUUCCUAACAGCACAGUUACUCCAUUUCUCGAGCGACUAAAGAAUGUCUCGAAGCACCACAACUUUUUUUUACCAGGCUUUACACUUGGAGACUUAGAUCUUAUUCCUUCUAUCUUCAAGACCAUUGUAGAGGAUCCCAUAGCCUUACAUGAUUGCUUCACACAGGCCCCAGCCAUGAGGGUAGACUACUUCCUAAAAGACCCCGAUGAGCUUAAGGAAUUUUUAUCUACCAAUUUAUCACUGCCAAGUCAAGAUCUGGAUGUUCUGUUUAAUUCUUCUCUUGAUAUGAAACAAGUCUACUUCUCCUUGUUUGGCCAGCCCUUUAAGAAGCAUGAUGGUGACUCGAUGGACUCUGUGUCAUCUUUUCUUGAGGACCAGCAACAUCAUUUUAGUGCUCGCCAGGCGGUACCCCAUGCGCCGCUAUUCCUAGUGGUGCCCAGCUUUUUGCCUGGAUUACAUCUCCUCAGCUUCAGGCAUCUUGAGUUUAUCCUCAAGCUGAUGCGUACCUAUCCAAAUGAGUCGGCCCAUCUGCUUAGCGUAUUGCGCUGGGUUCUUGACACUGAUACUUCCCAGCCACCUCAAAGAAUUAAUCCUGAAGAAGCAGCAUCUAGUCUUGUGGCAUUGCUGCUGUCACCAGAAGUUCUGAGAGCAUCAUUCUGUGAAUACCAUGAAAUGCCUAAUGUGCUCAUGUUGAAUGCUUCAGCCACAACAGAAAGUUUUGCUGAUCUUCAUAUCCAUUUCUGCAACCUUACAAGUAGUGAAACAGCACUGUUGUCUUCAGAGCUGAAAAGACAAGUAGACCGCAAGAAACUUGCUGAUACACUUGCUCUUGACCACUGGAACUUGUCUGUAGCCCACAAAAGAGUGGAAAAGCUUGCAGAUGAUUUACAUAGGUUUAAUCUCUUCGAAACUGCAGUUCAAGAGAUCUCAGAGCUGGCUUUGGAAUUGCCUCAGGAUGCAUGUCACAAUCUCAAUGACACAAACUCUACUUUGCCUCGUAACGCUACCACCUUGGAAGAUGAGAGCACUCCUUCAAACAGCCGUGAAAUUCUGGACCAGGUCAAGAGGACAAAGCCGCAGUAUGGCCUUUUGAGAAUUUGGCUUGGAAUGCAGCGCAUGGUCUGUGGAAAAGUUGAAAAAUCGGAAGCGAGCAUGUCCAGUGAUGCUGAAGACAUCAAUCUGAAUAUUGGCAUUUCAGAAUACCAGAAGGAGCAGAUUGGAAUUCUUGUCCAUGUACUGUACAGCAACCCCAAAGUACUUUACACACCUAACAAUACUGCUGCUAAUUUAAUUGUUCACAAGGCAAAUGAAACAUUCAGGCUGUUGGACACGGUAACACAGUAUGCCAAGAAGAUGCUCAACAUUUCCCGAGACAUAAGAGACUACCUGGCACAAAAUAGCAGUGACUAUUCAUUGGCAAUGCUGAAACAUAUGCGGGACAACCUGAGGCACUAUCCACUGGUGCUAGAUGUGGCUCACAGCCAGGCACUGCGUGAAUUUGCCCGGGGUAAUGGUGCCUCAGUCAUUGAGGACAAAGAGGCAUUCCUGCAUCGGCUUGAUGUGAUUGACAAUGCAGCUUGCUCCUGGAUUGCACUGAUGUCAGGCCUCAGUCUCAAUAUGUUCAGGGGCUUCAGUUCGGAGGAGGACCUCAUGACCUACUUCAAGAACAGGGCCUACUUUGACAAUGUCACCAUACUUGCAAGUGUCUUAUUCAAGAUGGAUCACAAUGGUUCAAUGCCACAUCACAUGACCUAUACCAUCAGGCAAAAUGCAUCAUUCACUCCAACCACCAACCUGAUGCGUAGUCGGUUCUGGUUUCCAGGCCCUCGCAAUUGGGGUUAUGAAUACUACCAGUUUGGAUUCGUUUGGCUGCAGGAUAUCCUUGAGCGUGCAAUGGUGAAUGUGUACACUGGUCGAGAUGUCACUGAGCCUGGCACCUACAUUCACCAGUUUCCAUAUCCAUGCUACAUCCAGGACCAAUUCCUGUUUAUGAUUGAACAUGUGAUGCCAUUGUGCAUGGCAAUUUCUUGGGUGUACUCUGUUGCAAUGCUAGUUCAAAAUGUUGUUUAUGAGAAAGAGAAACGACUGAAAGAAGUGAUGAAGACAAUGGGCUUGAACAAUGCAGUUCACUGGCUUGCCUGGUUUAUCACAAGUUUCAUUCAAAUGACGAUCACAGCAGCUGUCUUGACUGCAUUGCUGAAAUAUGGCCGUGUAUUGACCUACAGCAACCCCUUAAUCUUUUUCUUAGUCCUAGAGAUAUUUGUGAUUGCCAACAUUGCCUUUUCGUUUCUGGUAAGCGUCUUAUACUCCAAGGCCAAGCUUGCAGCAGCCUGUGCAGGCAUCAUCUAUUUUCUUACUUAUGUGCCCUACAUGUACAUAGCCGUUCGGGAAGAAGCUGCUCACAACAAUAUACCUGCUUGGUUGAAAAGCCUUGCUUCUCUGCUUUCUACAACUGCAUUUGGCUUGGGUGCCAAAUAUUUCGCCUUCUAUGAGGAAGUUGGAGUUGGAGUGCAGUGGGCCAACGUAGGCAUUUCACCCCUUGAAGAUGAUACAUUUAGUCUGGCCCAUGUUGCUUUUAUGAUGCUAAUUGAUGCCUUCAUCUAUUCUCUGCUCGUCUGGUACAUUGAGAAUGUGCACCCAGGAUCAUAUGGCCUCCCUAGACCAUGGUAUUUCCCACUGACCCACAGCUACUGGUUUGGUGGUGGCAGACAUGACCUUGAGUAUGGGCCUCUGCGCUGUUUCUGGCGGAAGUUACUGCGGAAGCACGUGGCCCACUUGUCUGUAACUGAAGAGGAGCAGGCUUGUGCAAUGGAAGGUCGUACAGCUGACAGUGGCUUUUUUGAGCCAGACCCAUCCGAGCUACCACUUGGUGUGUGCAUCGACAACCUAGUGAAGAUUUACAAAGAUGGCAAAAAACUUGCUGUAAACAAGCUCAGCCUAAAUUUGUAUGAGGGACAGAUAACUUCCUUCCUUGGACACAAUGGUGCUGGAAAAACUACAACAAUGUCGAUCCUUACUGGGCUUUUCCCACCAACAUCUGGAUAUGCAACAAUAUAUGGACACGAUAUUCGCACAGAGAUGGAUGUGAUUCGACAGAGUAUGGGCAUGUGCCCACAACAUAAUGUGUUGUUUGAUGAGUUGACUGUAGAAGAACACUUGUGGUUUUAUGCUCGUUUAAAGCACACUCCAGAUGUCAGCAUCAAAGAUGAGACAGAAAAGAUUAUCCAGGACCUUGGUUUGCCCUUGAAGCGCUUCAGCAAAGUUGACUGCCUCUCAGGUGGCAUGAAGCGUAAGCUAUCGGUGGCUAUAGCCUUUGUUGGGGGCUCUCGUGUGGUAAUCCUGGAUGAGCCAACAGCAGGUGUGGACCCUUACUCUCGCCGUGCCAUAUGGGACCUCAUUCUCAAGUACAAAAAAGAAAGGACCAUUUUGCUGUCCACUCACCACAUGGAUGAGGCAGAUGUAUUGGGGGACCGUAUUGCUGUCAUCUCUCAUGGACAGUUGAGAUGUUAUGGUACAUCUCUGUUCCUUAAAAACAACCUUGGCAAGGGAUACCAUCUCACUUUGGUAAAGCAGCCUCCUCGGCACAUCUCUGGAGACCCCACUGCAGAGUGCCGUGAGAAGGAUGUUACAAUGUUCAUCCGACAACAUGUCGAAACAGCUGCGCUCGUGUCUGAAACACAGCAUGAGCUGCAUUAUAUAUUGCCACUUUUUGAGUUGCGGAAGGGAAGUUUUGAAAAGCUGUUCUUUGCACUGGAGACCAGCUUGACAGACCUGGGUGUGUCCAGCUAUGGCAUCAAGAACACAACUCUCGAAGAAGUCUUUCUCAAAGUGGCUGAGGAAGCUAGUCGUUCUGAAUCUGAAAAUUAUGACGAGUCCCCGAUAAAGCCAAAGGCCGUUUCUUCGAAUCGCGCUGAAAGCAGCACAUGUGCAGAGGAGAAACAGCCACUGACAGAAUUCGGGUAUAGUCUUGCUGAACUGUCGGGGUCUAGUGCUGGUGAUGUUGACGAGGCCAGUCAGUGGAAUGGAUAUACAAACACAGGGGAGGAGCCAACAGCUGGCGGCAGCUGGGUGAGCAAUGGUCGCCGGGUGGAAGGAAAGUUACUGCUGGUGCAGCAGCUGAGUGCCAUCCUGCUUAAGCGCUACUACUGCACCCGACGCAACUGGAAGGGCCUCUUCUCACAGAUCUUGCUGCCGGCCUUUUUUGUCAGCAUUGCCAUGUCAGUGGCCCUAACAGCACCUCAUGUUGAGGACCCUCCACCCUUGACAUUGUCACCGUCCCGGUAUUACAACUACACUCAACCCCGAGGCAAUGUGGUUCCUUAUGCAUUUCGAGAAGAGCCCCGACCCAAGUGGAACCUAGAUGCUGAUGCACAGCACUUAGCCUCUACCCUUCGACUUCCAUCUGGUGUUGGUGCCACCUGUGUCCUACUGUGGCCUCUUAAUGGAAGCAGCAGCAUCCUGGUGCCUUCGUCUAAUGGGAACUACUCAGAGCGCUCCCUUGACUGGGAUAUGUUGGAUGCUUUUGAGCCUGAGUGCCGCAGUGUGUUUGUGCCUGGGCUUCCCUUGGACAACUUUGUGCCGCCCCUUCCCACAGUUGAAAGCCCCACUGGAGAUUCUGUGGAUGUGACCACAUCACCAGGAAAUGUCUUUCACCUCGUCAACAUUUCAAAGCAAGUUAAAGAAGGAAAAGAACGUUUCUACCCAUACUGCCAUUGUUCAGCAGAUAAGACUGGUUAUGUCUGUGAACCAUAUGGUUUCCAAGAUCCACCCAUGUUCAGGGCUUUGACUGGCGAUAUCCUGCUUGACAUAAGCAGCCAGAAUGAGCAUGAGUACUAUUUGUACACGACUGAUAUGUACAGACUUCGAAGGUAUGGAGCAUUUUCCUUUGGUCUGUCACGUGACUAUGUGCCUUCGACAUUUGGAGAAGAUGCACCACCACUUUUUAGAAAAAUUGCUGUCAGAGAUGUUGCCAAGGUAUGGUACAACAAUAAAGGAUACCAUGCGAUGCCCACUUAUGUUAAUAGCAUCAAUAAUGCCAUUCUGAGGGCUAAUCUUCCACUUGAAAAUGGACACCCAUCUACUUACGGAAUUACUGUGGUUAAUCAUCCCAUGACGGAUACAUCGUUCCUGCUGUCAAAGGACCAAAUCUUACAAGGAACAGAUGUGCUGAUUGCCAUCUUCAUCAUUGUUGCAAUGUCAUUUGUGCCAGCAAGUUUUGUACUAUUCCUGGUCUAUGAGCGCUACACCAAAGCCAAGCACCUGCAGAUUGUCAGUGGUGUUAAUCCUGUAGUGUACUGGCUGGCAAACUACUUCUGGGAUAUUUGCAGCUAUGUUGUUCCUGCAACAUGCUGUGUUCUUAUUCUGCUUAUUUUCGACAUUCCUGCAUAUACAUCAGCAAAAAAUUUUCCAGCUGUACUCUCAUUGUUCCUCCUUUAUGGGUGGUCAAUAACACCAGUCAUGUAUCCCGUGUCUUUCGUAUUCAAGGAGCCAAGUACAGCCUAUAUUUUUCUUAUUGUGAUCAACCUUUUUGUUGGGAUUACAUGUAUUGUGACCAGCUUCUUGCUUGAAGUCUUCUCCUACGAUGCCUAUCUUGGUGAAGUUCAUCACUUACUCAAGGCCAUUUUUCUCAUGUUUCCUAAUUACUGUCUCGGAAGAGGACUUAUGGACAUUGCUUUUAAUGAAUACCAGAACUUCUUCCUGUUUAAGACAGGUCGAUAUGACCGGAUGAGGUCACCAUUUGCGUGGGACCUAGUGACGAGGAAUCUUUUUGCCAUGGCACUAUCAGGAAUGCUCUUCUUGGUGCUCACACUGCUUCUAGAGUUCAACUUUUUUUUGAAGCCAAAAAAGGUCAUUAUUCCCGAGGCUCUCAAUGUUGCUGAAGAUGAGGAUGUCCAGAAUGAAAGAAGACGUGUUCUUAGUGGUCAGACAGAUUCUGCAGCACUCUGCCUUGUGAACCUGACAAAGAUAUACCACACUAGGAAACUGGGCAAGCACUUGGCUGUUGACCGGCUGUGUCUGAGGAUUCCAAAGGGGGAGUGCUUUGGCCUCCUUGGUGUUAAUGGUGCUGGAAAAUCCACGACAUUCAAAAUGCUUACCGGUGACACAGAGAUAACAUCAGGAGAUGCUUACCUGAAUGGACACAGUGUCUCACGUGAGCUGAACAAAGCACAACAGUUCAUUGGCUAUUGUCCCCAGUUUGAUGCUCUUUACGACGAACUUACAGCCAAGGAGCACUUGAGACUGUACUCAAGGUUUCGUGGUAUCCCAGUGAAGGAGGAAAACAAGGUUAUUGAAUGGACUCUGCAGAAGCUUGGACUGACAUCAUAUGCUGACCGUGUGGUGGGAACAUACAGUGGUGGCAACAAGCGCAAGUUGUCUACAGCCAUUGCUUUACUUGGAGGACCGCCAAUUAUAUAUCUAGAUGAACCUACCACUGGCAUGGAUCCAUACACACGUAGAUUCCUGUGGGACCUCAUCCAGGACCUAGUGCGAGGAGGCCGAUCGGUGAUUCUCACCUCUCACAGCAUGGAAGAGUGUGAAGCCCUGUGCACAAGGUUGGCCAUCAUGGUCAAUGGCCACUUCAAGUGUUUGGGCAGCAUUCAGCACCUGAAGAAUCGUUUUGGAGAGGGCUACUGUAUUACCGUCAGAACAAGAGGAACAUCCCAUGAUGCCAUUGCUGCAUGGUUCCACAGAGUCUUCCAUAAUGCCAUGCUCAAGGAGCAGCAUUUCAACAUGCUUCAGUACGACUUGAAGUCGGAGAACAUAUCCCUGGCCUAUGUAUUCUGCCAGAUGGAACAAGCCCUUGUAGAACUCCCCAUAGAGGAGUAUUCUGUGUGCCAAAACACUUUAGACAAUGUGUUUAUAAACUUUGUGAAGCAGCAGUCUGAAAGAGGACGGGAGCCAAAGUUCUGGUCAUCAACCGGCAAACGAGCAGCAGCCUCUCCAGUCAAGAAGAGCCAGCCAGGGCUGCCACUGGAUGACACAAUUGGAGACAGUGAUGACGAGGAGGAUAUUGAGGAGCGCCUUCAAAGAUCUCAGAGCCACCUGGCAUUCCUCAACAUGGAUGUGGACUGCUGAAGGGCAGGUGCUGUCUGAAGCUGGCGAUCAAGAGCAGUGACGUCUGCUUCCCUUAAUAUUUCUUGAACUUUUGUUUCUAGUUUUACCUUGCAUGAACAUGAGGCGAUAGGGCUGCUGUUUCGCUGCCAUUGUGAUUACGUUUACCUCACUGUCAUCACAGUUGUUGCAAACAUAACGUACUCUUUCUCAAGGCCUGCAUAUUGCAUGUUCUAGUCAUAACCUGUACCCAUGCUGAGAAUCCUUGUCAGCACAAGACAUAUAUAUAUAUAUAUAUAUAUGUAUAUGCACUAGAGAUAUUGAACACAUGCUCGCCAUUAUCAGUGCCUCAGGACUGUUGCCAAGAGUCCUCCCUUGUUUCGAUGCGCUCACAUCAUUGGUUGACAGGAUUGCGCCAUUGCAGUGUGCUUGCAUGCAGCUCCUAGCACAAUUGGAGAUUUCAAUGUCACAUUUACCUUUUCCUUACACUGUGUGUGUUGUAUGUGAUCUUUUUACUGAGUAACAUUGCUUGCUGCUUAAAUACAUGCAUAUUAUAUAAAUAGUUGGGUCAUUCCACACUAAACCCACAAGCCAGAAACUUGUGGGUUUUGAAAAACUAAUUCUAAAGAAAUGCAUUCUGAAAGUAUUUUAGAAAAAACCUUAUGGACACAUGAAGGCCAUUUGAAUUUUACCACCAUGUGUGAAGGAAAACAUUGCCAAAAAUCAAGUGCUUUGUGCAAGACUUGCAUUUGUGUAAUGAUAGUGGUUUCACUUAAAGAUGAGUUUAGACAAUAUGUUUUUGUUUCUCUUCCUUAAACACAAAUCUAAAAAUGACCAAGUUAUGGCGUUCUUGAGAAGAAGAAUUAGAAAAACUGGCUGUGUAAGAAAAUCUGAAGCCACUUUAACCCUAAUGUGUAUUUUGUGCUAAAACUUUAUUAGCACCUGAAUAUUGCACACUGGCUCUAAGAUGAACUUGAAUUUAGAAAAAAAUGCAAUUUUGGCCUAUGUUUAUUGUGGUGGUUGAUCAACCAGAAAAGUGGCUAUUAUAGAGAAAAGUAAUUACUCUCGGUAAAGAAAUUUUAAUAAAUGUAACUUUUGUUUCAACAUACAUUUUUUUUUUAAUUGAGUGCCACAAUUAAAACAUUUUGGUUCACAGUUCAACUUCCCCUCAUACCAUCUUAGUAAAAUAUACAAAUCAGUCUGUCACACAUGGUGAUAGGGGGUCAAACUACCUGUUGCAUGGUGCAAAAAAAUCGCAAUUUCUGGCCUAAAAACGCAUUUUGAAUUUUUGCAGUUUUGGGUUCCUUGACAAUUCAAGCAUGUGGCAGCAAAAUUUCAACCACAUCUGUGCAGUAAUAAAGUGGAAUUUGUAUUUUUAGAUGGACUGGUGGUGCCUCAGGUAAAAUAAAUGUGCUCAUGACCAUUGUUCUGGAAGUGCAUUCAUGGCGCGAGGAAAAGGCUUAGUAUGAAUGGCUACCAUCGUUGUAAAGGUUUUUUUUUUUCUCUAUUUUUUAUAAGCUCAAACAGUGGCAUCAAGGGUGUGACAGGAUGUACAGUCUACCACAGAAUUUUACGGACCACGAGAUUUGAGAAAAAGCUGACUAUAUCCGCAGCCUCACAACACAGCCUGGUAUUCAUAUUCUGUGAACCUAUUUGGUCGACUGUACAUGUGCAAAAGCUAAUGAAUGAAUCAGAAGCAGCAAACUUUGGACAGCGGCUGCAAAGAAGGUGAAAUUCGAGGCACUGUUGCCCCACAAGGUGUUACUUGACUACGAUUUACCAGGACACAAGGCUUUGCACUGUCACCAGAUUGCAUAAGACAUGCGGCUUCGCACCUUCAAAAUUUCUGGCCGCCGUUUUUAGAACAUGCUGUGUGCUAAGCUCCCUUCAAGAUUUUUAGUGCACACGUUUAUGUCUGUAAAAAUGGCCCCGAAGUUCAACACAUGCCACUGCUUUCGAAAGCAGGAUCGUUUUACAAUGUUGAGGGGCACAGCCAGGCUCAGCAGGUGACCAACCACGUGCAAAAACUACUCGCACUCCAGGCUUUCCAGGCCACAGUGAGAAAUUGGCACAGCGUCUUCUUCCCAGAUGCUGAACACGUGUGUUCAGCCAGCUCUCGUGUUUUGAAUGAUAGCUGCCUUGGCAAUCUUAAAAUGCUGGCUGAAAAGGGAUUCAGAGAGGGCUUGAAGUUGGACACUGUUUCUGGCACAUGCACAGCAUGCCAAUUGGAAAAUAACUUCGAAGAGUACUCAUUUAAGGCAAGAGCGAAUGUAUCAGAGUGGCCAAAAAGAAGUGGAAACUCAAAGCUAUUCUCACAGAAGAAUGCAGAAUACAAGAAGAAGGCCCCAUGCUCCAGAGGAAUUAUGUAGGCCAUUAAAACAGAUGUUUGGGCGAGUUGGUAAGACAUGUUUGAAACAGAACAGCGCGGUUUUCAUGGGGACAAGCACGGAGAAAUGACACGGACGAACGCUGACUUGCAACUGAAGUUUAUUGCUUGGAACGAAGAAUGUAUAACAGCUCCAACCAACAGAAGAAACCAAAAAAACAUACAUAUAUAUACAGCAAACAAAACUCGCCUAAGUUCGAACAAAAAAUAGUUUUUAUGAUGUUUAGAGUCCUCUACAGGUCUCUGGUUCACAUAAAAGCGAGACAAGUUGGCCUGUGCCUGAUAUAGUGUUGUAGAUGGCGCAAUGAUCUGAUGUAUAUAUCGGGUAGAUUUCCACGUGUCCAAUUAAGUGUGAGAGGUGUCGACUGUAUUAAUGAUUUCAAAAGAAUGCGGGAUGAUAGUGAUUAUUCUUGUGAUAUCAUAAUGGUAGUUUUUGUGACUAACCUUCAACUUUUGAAGAGCAAAAACUAUUUGACCAAAUAUUUUAUAAUGGUAAAAUUUGACACCCGGCCCUAUGCUGUUAUUGCUGUAAACAUGCCUUCCAGUUUUUUAUUAAACUUGAGCCAGCGGUUCAAAAGUUAACUUUCAUGGACCGUGUCUCCCCCUUACAAGAGCUGGAUUUCCUGCACAAAACCAAGAGAGGUAGUUGUGCAACACAGUUUAUGGUUCUUCUUUCUAACUGAAUUCUCAGAAUAUAGUUGAUCAAUGCAGUAGCAGACCCCAUUUAAAAGUCUCAUUGCAGUUUUAUUGAAGUAACAUUAAUAAUAUGUCUAAUCAAAGGCAGUUGUGUAACACAUGGUUUAGAGUUAUUGUUAGGAAUUCUCGGUUCUAAAAGAACUAUGAGCCAUGUGUUGCAUAGUUUUACUCAAUGAAUAAAGCUCCAUCAUUUUAACACCAUGUGUGUAACACUGGUUUAUGUUUCCCAUCAAGAUGCUAUGAGGGGAAGUCAAACUGAGCAAAAAUAUUGCCAUGGUAAUGCUCAACUUAAAAAAUAUUUUUCUUUGUUAUAACAAAAAUAACUUUUAUUAAAAUUUCUGUACCGAGUGUUAUACUUUCCUAUGAUACGCACUUGUCGUAGCAUGUUUUCAGGGACCCAUCUGUGUGUUACUAACGUCUAACAUAAGCCAAAAUGACCUUUUUUCUUUGGAAUUCAGGUUUGUUCUGAAUCUGGUGUGCAAUAUCCAGGUGCAAAUAAAGGUUUAGCAAAAAGUAAACAUUAGGAACAGUUUUGUAGAAGUAGCUUCAGAUUUUCUUUCACAACCAUUUUUUUUAUGAAUAAUUUCUCAAAAAUGGCAUAAUUUGGCCAUUUUUAACUGCUUGUUGAAGGAAAAGAAACCAAAAAAAUUUGUCUGAAAUCAUCUUUUAGCAAAAGCACAAUGUCAACCAUUACAAAAGUGCAGGUCUUGCAACCAUAUACAAAACACUUUAUUUUUGGAAAUUUUUUUUUUUCUCGAGCCUGGUUUCCCGGCAUUUUAUGAGUCAAAUGACCCUCGCUUACCCCCAAUUUUUCUUGCUUGAUAUAUCAUAAGAAUGCAUUUUGUUAUAUCUAGUAAAAACCCACCAUUAAAAAAAAAAAGAGUUGAUUGAGUUUUGGGCUGGUGCAUUUGGUGUGAAAUGACCCACUUGAGAUGUUCUCACUGAAAGCAUGCAAUUCUAGUUAUUUGCAUACAAGCUUUGUGAGAUAAUCAAGCUUUCAAAAGUGAAGGCCAGCCUGUGGUUUUCUGUACAGACUUUUAAUGAUCUCAUGUCUGUUCAGGAACACAUAAUGCCAUUAUAUUGCUUAUUAGAUCAUGUUAAGCUGCCAACCUGUAUUAAUUCAGAGCAUAAUCUAUGAAUAUCUUCUAUCAUUAAAAAAAUUUUGAUGUUUUUAAGAAUACCUUGGUGAAGAAAGCAAACACAUGGGCAGUAUGCACAUAGCUAUUUCUGGCAUUGACUAGAACUUGUGGGCAAGACCUAUCAACGAUGUGCAGCGACUAAGCUAGGCUGACUGGAUGGGCAUUCACCAAGCAUGAGAAGCUGCUGGAGUGAAGGUCCAACUCAUAUGAGGUCUUCUGCAGCAAGGAAGCACUCAGUGGUUGAGACUUCAGGAAGGAGCCUAAAGUGCAGUCACAGGGAGCCCAAUCGGGGACAUCCCAGUGACGUGUGUUCAAGCAGGCGGCUCAAGUCCAGGAUCUGAAAAAGCAUGGUUUACACAGAAAAAUAGCUCUGGUGCGCUCACUUUAUUUUCCACAUUACCAGUACAAUAGUGGUUCCAGGAAAUUGAGGCUUGCAAAUGGCUAUCAACACAUUCAAACUAGAUAUGAUGUGUGGGGAAGCACCUUGAUUCCCACAAAAUAACAUAGUUGGUCCAGGAAUGCAGAGAGAUGAAAAUGCAUAUAUUCAAAUGUUCUUUAAUGUUAUACUCUUCAAGGCUGUUUUCCUGUGUUAUUUGUUCCGUAAUAUUAUAGAUGGCUACUCUGCAAGUUACUGCAUUGAAACAUUUUGCUGUGUAACCAUGCAUCCUGUAGUUCUGGGUAUAAUUCAUCCGGGAGGUAUUUAUGUCGUUAUGGAGAUAGGUUGUGCAGCUUAAGUAUCUACUCAUGAAAGGUGUUUUACCUAUGAAAGAGCAGUACAAGGAAGACGUGCUUUCAUUACUUCACCUUUCUGCAGUGAAGCAGUGUGCAUAGCCCAAAUAUGUACUGCUGCGGCAUUACCACUAUUGCAGUGCACCACUUAGCCUUCUUGUUUAUGCAUGUGAUGCUGAGCAUUCUGUAUAGGCUUGUGUAGGAGCUGCACUUUUAUUUCACAAUUUUGGCGAGGUGUGGCCCUUGCAUGGGACCGAACCUUUACGUGAAAAUGGUGCCGGUGCAGCUGGUGAAUACUGCACACCCCAGAUCCUCAGAUGUAUCAUUGCACCAGUGGUCAUUGCGCAGCCCUCAUCAUCUAGUAGCAGCACGCGGAAGUACGCAGUGCGCGAAAAUUCGCCGAUGCGUACGCACGGCAUCGGGGCACCAAACGCAAUUGCUUCUCUGAUGUAAAUUUUCUUUACUAAAUUUUGAGCUGCCAAGUUGGGGGUGCAGCACUUACACAGGUGUGACCCUUAUACGAGUCUAUAUGGUAGAUUGCAUCCCUUUGAUAGCAUUUGAUGAAUCGUCUUGCAUCUUUCAACUUAUGGAAAAAAAAAAAAGAACUCCACCUUUUCUUGGUAGGUUAUUCACACAAGUUGCCUCUCACCUCCUUGAUGCACGCCUGAUGCAACACAUUAACUUUUUUAAGCAUGGAUAUUAGCACAGUGUGUAGUUAUAUAAAAAUUUGGCAGCUAGUAUAGUCUCACUGCUGUUGACUGUCACUUUAAUAUCAUGCUUUGUGGCAUGAAUGUAAAUUUUUUAUUUAAUUGCCGUAUGUUAGUGUCAGAGUGCAAGAGUGCAUUUUUGUCAUGGUCACUUGUCAAAUGCUGGUGUCAGUAAUAUGUACUUAACAUCAUAUUUACUUUUUCUGCUCUCUCUCUUGUGUGCAUGUGUGUGUUAAAGUAAAUCAUCAAAGUAUGUGUAGUCCUAAAUUUCCUCUGUUGAAUUUAUUUUCAGCUUUUGCCUAGGGCCUUAAGUGUUAAUAUCAUUGGCAUGGUGCCACAUGAACUAGGUUAUUGACGUCAGAUUUAAAGGUUCCCUGAAACAGUUCGAACAAAUUUUGCAGAAACGUAGGGUACAGCUACAGUAAAUCAGUCGCACCACAAUUUGUGUGAAGCAUCUCAUUUUAAGAGAGCUACAGACAAUUACAAGUUACCCUACUCCAUAGCCAUGCAUUUUCUCCAACUCAUUCACCAAGUAAUCGGGGCUAAGCUCUGCCUUCACUGGCUCUGCGUCAUGAUGGGGCAUCAUGUUGUCUACUUCCGGUUGUCUUAGAGCCAGCACGCGAAGCCUCUCCAACCUCUCCGGCAGCCGCCUGGCAGUUAAUCCCAUGCGAAAGCUAUCGAAGCAGCGUGCAUUGCAAGCAUACUGUUACAGUGCCAGGCGUGUUAGGUAUUCCGGUAACCGUAGGCGAGCUGGGUGUUUCAACGGAUGGGUGGAGGCGUAAACUAAAGCCCCUUCAAUCUACUAUUAGUGUGAUGAAGGAGCUUUAGCAUAGAUAUACAUGAGCGAUCUGAUCUGUCUAGAUGGGUCUGCGCAGUCCAGCCACCUGGUGGCGUAGAGCUUAACCAGCCAAACAAAGAGCUAAUAUUGCUCUAACCAAAUGUAAAGUAUUUUAAACAUUUAGAAAUAAACGGCUUCACGAAUACGCUCCUGCCAAAAAUUUACAUCACCAGCAAAGUAGAAUACACUUCGUGACUGCUAUACGAGUUCUGGGUUUUGUUGAGCUCUGUGCCACCAGGUGGCUGCACCGUGCAGACCAUUCACGUUUGUACCUCCAUCCCAUGAAACACCUGGCCCAGUCUGCUUGCACUUGCAUUUACCCGAAUACCGGACACGCGGAACACUAUUGCGGUAGUUAAUCCUCCAGCGUAAAGUGACAGCCGCAAACACGCAAAUCCUGCCGCCAAUCGGAUACCAACAGUCCGAUGCGCUGCAGCCACUCCACUCAUCUGCUGCCUUGCAGAGGGACAUGAUGUAGCAGCUUGACAUAUUGCCAGUCACUACAUUUGCAGCCCACAACCUAACAAGGGUGAACCAUGGUGCUCACGAAAAGGAAGAUCGAGACCAACACAGACCACGUAGCUCUCGUCAACACGGAGCACGUUGUAACGCAAGCAGAUGACACUUUCUGUGUACCAGAAGUCUUGAGUGUAGAGACAAAUUGUCCUUGUGCAUUCUUUUUCUGUUACUUUCUUUUAAUAGAAACAAAUUAACUAACAUUCCAACUAUUGCAAACAACAUUUAUUUGCCAUAAAGUUGAAAAAAAUUAUUGAUGAUGCACCCUGGGCAGCCAAUCGGAUUGCUCGCGCUACUGGCGUCAUAUAGUCAACUCUCGUCACCUGGUCAGGAGCAGCUGAAAACUCAGCCGAGCAGUGUGCUCCAUUUGGCAGCGAUGUACAUCUUUAAAACCUUAUAAUAAAGUACACACCUUAUGCAGAGCACUUAGAUCUGUCAAUUAAUAAUCAGGACCUACUCUAACGUCUUAGUACGUUUGUACAAAAUCAUUAAAAUCGUCUCAGGGUCCCUUCAAUAACCUUAUUCACGUUGUAAAGCUCUCCAUAAGUCAUUUGUCAUCUGGCAUACUCUUGAUUAUAUUUGUUUUAAUUGUCUGAACAUUAUACAAGAGCCAGACACACCACUGAGGUUCAGGCUGAACACCAUUUUAAUUUUUAAUACAAACAUAAGUUAUUUUUGUGCUAUAGAAAAAGCUGUUCUUUGCAUACUUGUGGCCAUAGAAACUUCAUACAACCUGAUGGCCAUGGUGUGACAGUGCCAAUAGCAUGGAAGUAGCAGGCACUAUCUUUACAGGCGGUGGCUUUGUUGUGACACCUAUUGGCUAGUAUGUUAACUAAAAUUUAGAAAACCAAAAGAUUGUGCACUAUUCCCUGUGGGCUGCCCAUGAGUGCAUUUUUAAUAAACAUGUGCAUGUGCAACAUUUCUGGUCUGCACACACCAGCUUAAGUCUGGAUACCAUGGUUAGUGCAAGAAUGUUACAUUUGUUUGCAGUAUAGACAUGCUGCCUCAAGUAUAUAGUGGUGCAGUGCACACUCACGGGUGUUACCAAUGCAGUGCACUUCUCAUUGACCAGCCAAACAUGCAAGCCAUGAAGAAAUCAAACUUUUGUGCAGCACCCAUGUGGUACCUACUCUACUGAAAUGCAGCUCCUGUAUGGUAUUGACGUUUGCACCUGAUGGUGCAGUCGAGCCUCAACAAACAUCUGCUUGAUGAAAUUCUUUCAUUUAUUCAUUUGCAUAGAACACUUCCAUAGAAGGCACAUUUUUCUCGAUUUAGUGAACUAGUUUUGCAUUGAGAAAGGAUAGCAAGUUACGUUAAGUCAAACUGCAUAGAAUAGGUCAUACCUCUGGAACACAACCAAGCCUGCUUGUGAUUCAUGGUUACUAUACUUCAGCGCAAAGACAAGAGACAAAAGAAAGGAAGUGCAAAACACGAGUGCCGUCUCGUAACUGAAUUUUUAUUGGGAGCUACCCAGAAUAUUUACAUAUACAAAAAGAAAAAGAAAAAAAGAACAGAAUAAACAAGAAUCAAACCACCAUCCAGCGUCCUAGGAAAAAACAAAAAAAAAACAAGACAUGAUGCACUCUAGAUCCGCACGGGCAAUCUAAGACAAUUUAUCAAUAUGGUAGUAUUCCGUGUCGUGUAAAGUUAGUUAUUCCUGGCUGACAUAUGCGCCCAUGUGCGGAACUGCGAACUAAACACUUCAGUGCUAAACGGUAGGAGCGGUGGUGGUUUCUUUCGUUAUUUCAUGGCAUAUGCAACAGAUGGCUGGAUCAGCGGCAAAUACGAUGCCGUGGUGGCUUUCGCGUGUCGCUACGUUCCAAUUUUAGAUUUUGAAGGAUCGAAAAAUUCCUUUCUUGAUUUUACAAACUUCUCGAUUUAACGAAAUAAUUCUAGCGUGGUCAUCACAUAGUUGAACUGAGUUUCAACUGUAGUUGCAUUCAAAAAGUAGUCCGAGUAGCUCAAGAUGACUGAAACAAUACUCCAUUCGUCAUGUUUGCCUACCACUUUUUAAAAAUGUUUGGUUCAAGUUAUGUACAACACCUAGUAUACUGCAAAUAUUGCGACAUCAAGUGAUAGCGACUCCAGCAUGGAGCAACUUGUUACAGUUACCAGAUUUCUUUUUGUUCUUUUGGCAAUAAAACAUUGAGUUCUUUUCACUAUUUUGGUUUCUUUAUCUGAUAAACAUUUUUUUUUUACCACUGAGCAAAUAGAUGAAAGGCAUUCCAUUUUUAAUGAAUCUCAAAAUUGACAAUAUUUUUCUUGAAAAAGACAUUGAAAAAUAUAUAUUUCAUCAAGUCACUUAGUUUAAAGAAAUCUUGCAUCUCGCAUAAGGCCUGCUUCUGCAUGUGUAUUGCCUAUGCCAACAUCAGUUUUCAUGCAGUCUAUAACGUUUCCAGGCCUUCCGUUUUUACUUGUUGGAAAGAAAAAUAGCCAUUGCCUUUCAGGUUUUAUUCAUACUGAGUUACCUUUUUUUCCAUCCAUCAAAAUAGCUGUUUUGGUGAUUGGUUGACCGCUAUGGUAGCUGCAGUACUGGUGCAUGCUUCUCAUACUUGAUGGGAUGUGCUGUAUUGGUGUAGGCAGCAGCCAGUGCAAAAUACUCCUUUCACUCGUUUUUGUGAACUGACAAUCUUCUGUGUGGUUCAGUAUUGUGAUGGCUUAUUUUGCCUUUAUCAGUAGCCUGUGAAAUUGGAAGAUUGCAUCAUAAGCAUUUAAAGCAUCUCAGUCGCAUGGAGGAUCAUGAUUAUAAAAAAUCUUAUAAAAGGACUUGGCCGUCUUCCUCCUUGGGGAAAAAACAAGAAUUUGUAGCUUUGGUUGAGUACUGCUGUCUGAAAAGACAGAUUAGGCUUUUCACUUGUGCAACUAUUACCCUGUUUCUACUGUGAUUACAUUAUAAAGUUCCUGACUCAUAUCAUGUUAGCCAAUGGGACAGUGCUUACUAAAUCAUGUAAUUACUAAUUUGGCUAAAAUCACUAUUUAACAAAGUUUUUAAUAGCUUGUAUGACUGUUAAACAGAAGUUCGUUUGCAAUGCUGCAGUGAUAUUGAAUUGCUGUGAGCCUCGGCAUAACUAUUGUGUUUGUUGGUGUGAAACCUAGACGAGUGGCACCAACUGCGAAAACAAUGGCAACAAGGAACUUAAGGCCUUCAACUUAGCUUAUUACCUUGCUUCUUGACAGUAAAAGACAACUGAUUAUUAUUUAAAAACUUUAUUUUUAUAUAUUUUUUGCAUGCAUAAAGGAAGCUUGCAUGUACAAAAGAAACAAUAAAUACAUGAGCUACAAGCAAGCAAGCAAAAGAAACUGCAUCAUUGGUCAACUGACAGUGUAAUUUGACCUAACAAAACUUCAUUAGAUUAUUUUUUCUUGCGCCAUGUAGCUGUUGCAGCAUAUUGUAAGGACUGUUUGCUGUGUGCUUGCAAGUUGGGCUUGCUCAAAGGCACCACUUGUUUUUCCUGUGCUCAUUAUAUUGAUUUUGGCUUGCACUACUUGAUUUUAUGUGUUUGCCUCUGUUGGUUACCUUCCCUUCAAGACCUUGCACUGCACCAUUAUUAAUUACUUAGUCUCAUUUUGAAGCAUAGCAUUCUGUUCAGAUCUUCCAUGUGCCUUUGCUUAAAGCAGACAGGUGUGAAAACUUUGUUGUGUGUUGUCCUCCCACUCUGCCCUUGUAAGCUAGUGGUUGCUAUAGUUACUGUCAGCAAAAACUUCUCUCGUGGAAAAGGUUGCUUAGCAAGUUUGGCGUCUCUUGUUGUCAUUUAUGUGCAAUAUUACUGUUAUUCUUUGUUUGUGUGGACAAUAAUUGUCAAACCUGUAAUAAAUUAUUUGGCUGUAUUA